AGCCAGAUGUGUAGCUAACUAGCUAGUAGCUAGCUUGGCAGAUGUAGCUAGAUUCAGCUUAGCCUAACUCCGAGCUUUCAGUGUUGCUUAUGCUACGUACUGUACAGCAGAAAUGCUAGGGCUCCUGUAAGCUGGGUGUAUUGAUUGGCGUUGUCCUAUCACUCAGUGUAUUUAGUCUGUACAUUUGUUCAACACUUCCAAUCAACUGAAGUCGACUCUACUAGAUCUGUUAGGGGUCUAGUAGUCUACCGGCAUUUUUUAACCGGUCUCUUCAAAUGCUUAGGAGAAGAUGCCGGUGGUCUGAACCAGAGCAUUGGAGAGAAGAGCCCAGUAAAGUGCCUGACCUGGACACCCCGCUGAGCGGCGAGAUGAAGAGGAAUAUCCUGCUGUCCGAGUUGUCUGUCAGACUGGCUCUACUGGUUGUCUUCCUAGUGACAGAGCAGCUUCCCCCCUUCCACCGCCAGAUUCAACCGGAAGAAAUGUGGUUGUACAAGUUCCACCCAGUGAAGAGAGAUCACAUUCCCACCUCUCUCAUGUUUGCCGUGGCGUUCUUCACCCCUCUCUUGGUGAUCCUGCUGUUUGUUGUCCUGGGGAAGGCGGAGCGAGGGGAUGUGAGGGAGGGGUCUCUGGCGGUGAGCCUGACCCUGGUGUUGAACGGAGUAGUGACCAACGCCAUCAAGCUGGCUGUGGGCAGGCCGAGACCAGACUUCUUCUAUCGUUGCUUCCCCGAUGGACAGAUGAACCAGGAACUGCACUGCAGCGGUGACCCGGAAGUGGUCAUCGAAGGCAGGAAGAGCUUCCCCAGUGGACACUCCUCCUUUGCGUUUGCAGGGCUGGGCUUCACAGCGCUGUACGUGGGGGGGAAGCUGCGCUGCUUCAGCCCGGCGGGGCGUGGCCAGGCCUGGCGCCUGUGCGCCUUCCUCAGCCCCCUGCUGCUGGCCGUGCUCAUCGCCCUCUCCAGGACGUGCGACUACAAGCACCACUGGCAAGAUGUGCUGGUGGGCUCAGCCCUGGGCAUGCUGUUCUCCUGGCUGUGCUACAGACAGCACUACCCCUCCCUGCAGGAUCCAGACUGCCACCGGCCCCUACGCCACCGCGAGGCCGUGCCCUCCAAGCAGGAGCGCAAGCUGGCCAACUCCAACUACAUACUGCCCCUGUAGCACUGCUGCCCUAGUCCACAGCUCCCCUGGUCCACAUCUCCCCUGGUCCACAUCUCCCCUGGUCCACAGCUCCCCUGGUCCACAUCUCCCCUGGUCCACAGCUCCCCUGGUCCACAUCUCCCCUGGUCCACAUCUCCCCUGGUCCACAGCUCCCCUGGUCCACAUCUCCCCUGGUCCACAUCUCCCCUGGUCCACAGCUCCCCUGGUCCACAUCUCCCCUGGUCCACAGCUCCCCUGGUCCACAUCUCCCCUGGUCCACAUCUCCCCUGGUCCACAGCUCCCCUGGUCCACAGCUCCCCUGGUCCACAGCUCCCCUGGUCCACAUCUCCCCUGGUCCACAGCUCCCCUGGUCCACAUCUCCCCUGGUCCACAUCUCCCCUGGUCCACAUCUCCCCUGGUCCACAGCUCCCCUGGUCCACAGCUCCCCUGGUCCACAGCUCCCCUGGUCCACAUCUCCCCUGGUCCACAGCUCCCCUGGUCCACGCUUUCCCCUAUCCACUACAUACAUGCAAAUCUUCAUGUUCCACCACUCCAUCUGAUCCACAGUAUCCAAACUGAGCGUCUCGCACCACGCUCUGCCACUGACCCACCUCUUACCGGGUCUGGAACACGCUCCACCAGCUGGUGGGACACUGAGGGGAGGGGGACGGGGGGGGGACUGGUCUGAAGGGUAUCUGGGUUUUGAGGUGGCUGCUUUGAGGGGUACGUGUGGGACCUGCGUGGAGCUCCUCUCUCCCUCUGCCUCUUCUGAAAGUGCUUCCUGCUGCUGCUUAUCGACGACAAACAGCUCACACAGAAUCCUGGUUCUCAUCCUGGGGAACAUUUCGCCCUGACAGAAACCUGAUGCGAAUUACAACAGGGAGACGCACGCUGGCACACAGGGCUCGCACACACACACACACACACCGCCCAGAGAAACCAUGAAGUGAUGGAUGAUGACACUUGACACCAACACCCUCACCUGCAUAGCUUAUCAGUGUUGCAGAACUCACCCGUCUGGUGUUGCCAGGUCAGUGAUUCCUGCAGGGGAGUCCACGGUGGAAGCCGUUGGUAUGUGGUGCUAAGACUCCCAGGGCUGCACCUGGGGCGGCCUGAGGGUCCUGUUGGCAGGCAGGUUACUAGAGCACUUAACCGUUAAAUCAGGGUUUCACAUCUCUCCUAUCUACAUAUUGUAUUUCUAAGCAGGAAGUGCUUCUGUUGUGCGUGGAUUCUACUCGCAUUCAAGUUUAUCUGUUUUUUUUUUCUUUUUCUUCCUCCAACUGUGUCAGCGGUUCUGGAAGCAGUGGGACAUACCACAAGGCAACGUCGGCUUUAUACGGCUCAAAGUUUGUACUUGCGGGACCAUUCGUUUCGAUUCCGUUUCGCUGGACGGGGGAGUGCGAAAUCAAGCGUCCCCCUUGGGGAUCGUCCUCGGCCUGAUCCCGUCCAAUCAGAACGCUCAGCCGAAGCUCCAGACGGACGUGUGCCUUUCGACGUCACCGUCUUCCUCUCUUGACCUCUGACCCUGACCACUGCAUGAAAACUAUACCCACAAAUACUGUAUAUGUAUGCCCUACGUCCUCUCCUGUGGUAUACAGACUGCCUAGGUCAAGGGGCAGCUUUGGAGGUGAGUGGGGUCACUUCCCCCUUCCUGACUCUCUGCUCAUGAUGAUUGUCUUCAAUAAGUGAUCAUCAUGUAGGUUAAACCACUCCAAUAGGUAUGUAGUUUGUUGUCAAUGCUUGUGAUUAUUGUUUUUGUUUAGUUUUUUUACUCAUUAUGUGGUUGUAUGUCAUGCUUUUCUUUUUUUGUGAAGUGUUGCCUGGUGAUGAAGUGUGUCUGGGGUGGGAUCGUGUCUGUAGCCGAACCAAUCGCGUGAAACGGAAUUAUUCCAUCUGUGAAACGGAAUUUGUCUGUCUGGAAUGAGAGGGUGAAGGGGGGGAGAAAAUAAUCUUUUUGCAGAUUAAUUGUAUUUAUCCAAGUUUAUUCUAUUGGUCAUAUUUAUAAGAAUUUCAACAUUUGUAUGAUGUAUUAGAAUUAUGAUUUCGAUAUGAGUGGGGAAGACUAGGCAUGAAUGUAAUUCACAUUAAGCCAAUCUGUUAUUUUCCUUCACACAGAAGGGAGUUACACAGUUGUCUCUUUUAGGAUUUAUGAGUUGCUAGAUUUCUCAUGUUUGUUGACUCGCUGCCCCUCUGCUGAAACUGAUAAUAAAGUAUUUUUAAACCUGGUCCACUGUUCGACACCAGCAGAACUAGCCUGGCUUGGCUUUUUCUGUUUCCAUGGGGAUCGCUGUUCACGGUGGAGAGGGGUGAUGCUGUAUACACCAUUCUAAUGGACAUUUUGACCUGCGGACGUUGUUCUGCUCUGUUGUACGUCAGCUUGUAGAGGACACUGAUUUAUUCACCGUCACGUUGUCCUAAAAGUGUAUGUUCUUCUGGAUUUCUUGGUGACACUGAGGUUUUCUUAAUAAAAAUUAUCAUAUCCA